AUGGAUACCACUAUGAUUGUUGAUGAACGAAUCGAUCCAGACCUAUUAAUCAGUUUAGAAAAAACCUAUCGUGAUCAGGUAGCACGUGGGGACCCCAGUAUAGUUGCAGUAUAUUCUUAUGCUCAUGGUUUGAUUAAGUCGAGCAACAGCGAUGUUCGCAAAGGAAUUAAAUUAUUGGAAGAUUUGUUACGAAAAGAAGUUGAAGAUAUAUCAAAACGUGACUAUGUAUAUUAUCUUGCGAUAGCUCAUACUCGUUUGAAGGAGUAUGACCGAGCUCUUGCGUAUAUUGAUGUUUUACUCAGUGCAGAGUCCAAUAAUCGUCAAGCAAUGGAUUUGGAAAGUUUAAUAAAGAAAAGAAUGAAGAGAGAUGGCAUUAUUGGUAUGGCACUUUUGGGUGGCGGAAUCGCUGUUGUUGCUGGUUUGGUCAUAGCUGCGUUUGCUUCUUCUAAACGAUAG